AUGAGUAAUCAGACUAACGACAUACCUCUUUCUGACAUGAACACUUCGCAAUACACAUCUCACGACCGACCUUCAUUCGCUGCACCCUCCCAAGAGGCCAUUUCGAAUCAAGGUACUAGCGCUGCGAAUAACAGUAGCCCUGCUCGACCAGGAGAGAAUGGUUCGAGUACCGCUGCACCCGGUGGAUCUCGUAGCUCCCAAGCAGCUCCUGGUAGCUCAAGAGGUGCUCUAACGACUUGUAUGGACCAUGGCUCAGAUUGCGUGGUUAGGAAUGGUUCGCUAAUCGUAGUGGGCUCCUGUGGCUGCUCGGUGGCUGCUCUGACUAUAGGAGGAGUAGUAGGGUGCUUACUGUACUGUGACUAG